AAGUAAAAACCACCCUACUUUUCUCAACACGUUACACAGCCGGAAUAAACAAGUCAAGUCGGCAUAGAAUUUUCCAAAAUUCAUCUUUGAAAUUAAAUUACCGAUUCAUUUAUUUCCGAGAUGGGCGAUGCCGAUAGAGCAAUGAACGAAACGGAAGCCGCUAAAACGGUAGCCGGAAUACAGGAGAUUCCAGCAGAGGAUGUGGCUUCCAUUGAGGAAGUAAUCACAAUCGAUCCGGAGUGCUACGAAUUGGAUCUGAAUCAUCGACGCAUUGAGAAGAUGGAGAAUUUUGAGCCCCUAACGCGUAUCGAACGCCUGUUUCUGCGCUGGAAUUUGAUAAAGAAGAUCGAGAACUUGUCCACCCUGAAGACCCUAGUCGAAUUGGAGCUCUACGACAAUCAGAUAACCAAGAUCGAGAAUCUGGACGACUUGACCAAUCUGGAAGUGCUGGACAUCAGCUUCAAUCGUCUCACGCAGAUAGAGAACCUUGACAAAUUGGUUAAGCUGGAAAAGGUAUACUUUGUGUCAAACAGGAUUACCCAAAUUGAGAAUCUUGAGAUGCUUACCAAUCUCACCAUGUUGGAGCUAGGAGACAACAAACUAAAAAAGAUUGAAAACAUCGAAAUGCUGGUUAACCUACGACAGCUCUUCCUGGGUAAAAAUAAGAUUGCCAAAAUAGAGAACCUGGACACUCUGGUCAAUCUGGAAAUCCUCAGUCUGCAGGCCAAUCGUAUUAUAAAAAUCGAAAAUCUUGAAAAGUUGACCAACCUCCGUGAACUCUACAUAUCAGAAAACGGGGUGGAAACUAUUGAAAACCUCUCCGAAAACAAAAAUCUGGAAACCCUCGAUUUGGCCAAGAACCGAUUGAAGGCCAUUGGUAACCUGGAGAAACUGGAACUCCUCGAGGAACUCUGGCUAAAUCACAACGGGGUAGAUGACUGGAAGAACAUCGAACUGCUUAAGGUGAACAAGUCGCUGCAGACCAUCUAUUUGGAAUACAAUCCCCUAGCGAAGGACGUCCGCUAUCGCUCCAAGUUACGCGACAUCCUGCCGCAGCUCCAAAAGAUCGACGCCACCCUAUGCAAGGCGCCUGGCUCCUAGAUGGACCCAUUGUAACCCAUUUAAAAGACUAAUCCACGGCGUUGCGCCUAAAUAUUUAUACCGAUUUGAACUUUGGAUAACUGCGUUUAAAAUAUACAAAAACAUUUAGAA